AUGGGAGAGGUCUUUCUCGACAAGACGAUUAGGCUACUCUCAUCAGACAAACAGAAGGCCCGCUCGGAUGGUUUGGCAGACUUGAAACACAUCUUCCAACAGAACAAGAAGAGCUCCAAACUACAAACACUUAAUGAUAAAGCUUGCCACAAGAUCUUUGAAUCACUAUUCCGUUUCGUCGCAGCAGAAAGGUCAAUAUAUAAUCGAGCCCAAAAGUCUACAAACACAUCUUCUGCAUCGAGGCUUUCGACAUGUGCUUCCGUACUCCGAAUGGGUGUUGACCUCUUCCUGAGAAAUUUGAGAACUAAAACAGUCCGCGCGAUUGUUGAUCACAUUACUGAGACCAUACCAGUCCCCGGGGAAGGUCUGUGGGAACCCCUGAGCCUGGACUAUACCAAGUGUUUGGCCUCGCUUCUACGCUACCGUCCUCAUACGGAGCAUCUUGACGAUGGAGACUGGGAAAAUCUCAUAAACUUUUGUCUUGCCAGUAUUAGCUCCCGGGAGAAUGAAGACGGUCAACUGAGUAUUCGAAGCGGCUAUCGAUCCGUCCCUGAAGAUCAAGAUGCCAGCGACAGCCGCUCUACCCCCUCGAGGAUGACCACUGCACCUACCUCAAUCAGCAGGGAAAGGCACAUUGGCAAUAGGAAUGUCAUUGAAGAAGUUGUAAUCUGUAUUCAACUCUUGACAACUAGUCCGAAUCCCCCUCUUCAAACUACGGCCCAAAAGAUUCUUCACGGACUUUCGGAGUUCGCCGAGUCAUCUGUGGCUGGGAAUGCACACCAGCUCGCGUUUAAUAGCAUCAAUACAGUCGUUACAAAAGUCAUGUUUGAUCAAUCCGAGCUUGUCCGUUCAGUUCUCUUGGGCCUGGUUCCAGUAAUUCGAAGCCUAUGGGCCACUAAGUUACAGAAUCUCAAGGAUGAGUUACUUGCCACUUUGAUGUUCUCAAUGGUCGUCUUUGUGGACAGUGCUAGAAAAGACCCAUCUGAAUCUCUUGCACAUGGCAUUGAACGAUUGGCCAGUACGCUUCAUUCGGAAUAUGUGAGACGGUCGGAAAAGGAGAUCCUACAAAUCGACGAAACGGUACUCUAUCAAAAUGAAGCAUGCAAAAGCAGACCAGUAUAUGGACCUCGCCUCGGCGUUUCCAGGUCGGAGCAUAACUGGACAGUCCUCUGGUUGAUUGCAGAACUGCUCAAGCUCUCGGAGGCUAUUCAUACCCGAAUCAAGUCCGAUUCAGCACGCGAAGGCUCAAGUAAAAGGCAGCGCUUCAGUUCUGAAAUUGAGGACAUAUUUCGAGAUUCGGUCUCAGCCACAGGCACCAGGAAAAUAUGCGCAUUGCAACUCAUCCCAUUCCUCGAAUCGGAGAUCGACACUGAGACCUACAUCAAGCAGCUCAUUCCGAACAUAUCUGACGGCAAUGACGCUGUCUCAUCCUGGGCAAUGGUCGCUCUGACGAGUAUUGCGAACGGAGCGUCUGCCCAAUUUCCUGGUAUUAGGGCCCACUGGCCACGAGUGGUCGAAUUCACCACGCGUGCAUUCUCAUCCCCGGUAACAUCGAGAGCUGCGUGUAACCUAUUGAGUAUGGUUUUGCAGUCGGACUUGCUAGAUUACAGAGUGACCAUGGAUACGAUGCGGUCACUCUUGACUUCUGCCAAUGGACUAUCUGCUAUUUCAGACUCGUCUUUAAGGCUAUGGGCCUCAAUUGCACGAAUGAAGACACAGCUUGAUCCUGGUUCAGCCCAGCAGGCCUCGAUGCAGAUAUGUGGCUGGCUUAGAGAAGUUUGGGCUGGUUCAGUGACAGAUCGAAUCCAGGCAGCUCGAGUAGCUGCGUAUGCCCGUCCGUUGGAUUUACUCGAGCUUUUUUUAUCAUGCACUAAUCGAUGCUUCUCUAUACCUCGUCAUCAAGUCACGGGACCGACGGGGAAUAUAGCUCGCACUUGGUUUUUUCUUCAUGAAAACCGUGAAUUAUUAAAGUAUGCCUUUGAUACGAGUCUGGCUCCAGCGAACCCCUGGGGUUUGCAGGAAACAUGGUCCUUUGAGCAGAACUCUAGACAAGAUCCUGAUGAUACAGUGAUAUUGGAUCUCCUUCGAGUGAGAUCCGAGGUAUUUUUGCAAGCAUGGCACGCCAUGAACGAAGAAAGAUCACAUAUCACCCCAGAUAAUUUGCAAAUUCUGGCGUCGUUUUGUGUUGUCGUCUCCCUCUUCAUGGCAUGUCUUCCUAAAUCAUUGCAACCUCAACCUCGAUCAAAAGAUCUGCAUCAGAACUGUCAAAGUUUGUGGAACGGUAUAUGCAAUUUUCUGGCAGCUCAUGCUCAAGAAUCUGCUUUCAUGGAAUCUUGCCUGGACGUGCUAUCGCCGCUCCUCGGUCCUUUAACAAGCUCUCACACCCCCUCUGCCAUUCACAUCAAUCUCAGAGAGCUCAUUACUCCACUCACCAAAAUUCUUGAGCAUUUCCGUGAGAGCUCCAAGAAUCCAUUUGCAGCCGAAGAUCCUAUGGAUCUAGAUCUAGAUGGCAGAUUCGUGGCCGAAUCCCCACUAGCCACUGAUCAGACUAUUCUGACCUUGAGCCGAAACUCUUUGCCUAUCUUUUUUGAUCCUGUCACAUAUCAGCGCUGUGUAACCAUCCAACUGUCGAUAUUUCUCAAAGUGCAAGCUGAUGCUGACUCGUCAUCUAUCGCUGAAUACCUGAAUGGAUUAGAGGAAGCCGAUAUCCUGGCCGCCCAAGCUGUCUUACCUGAAAUUUUCCAGCUCUGCUCCAAAUCGAAGCCCUCGGAACUGCUCUCCAUUCUCGAAAAUGUAGGUGAAAAGUGCCUACAGUCUUAUGAAAUGGAGCGGUGCGAGACUUCGCAUUGCAUUUGCAUCUGCAUGAUGUCUAGCUUUGUCGACUUCUGGACAAACGGGCCUGACGAUAUCUUGAAAGAAUCGGCCAUGGACUUGUACAAUUGGUUUAUGGAAGUUCUAUUGGCUCGGAAAAUAGCUUCCCCAAGGGUCUACAUUGCCUUAGCCAAGCUCAUUCAGGGGGUGAUUGGCACAUGCCCCUCAUAUGGCAACGAGCAGUCUCUUCCGUCCCCACGAACAACUUUAUUCACAAUCCUUCGAGAGGGUGAUGUUCGGGUCAAAUUCAGCGUUGCGAAAUUCAUCCCUGUCUUAUUUGAGCGGUUCCUUCUCAAGGACCACGAUGCCAUCUUCGAUGAUGUAUUGGAAAGUUUGCCGCGAGACCCGGAAUGGAUCGAGGGAAUUGCAGUCCGCCUUUUUGUGCUUUCACAAUUGGCUUCCAGAUGGCAUACUUUGCUACGAAGAAGUAUCUACCAUUUAUUCGAAACCCCAGCUCAGGUCCCCCUAUCACUGUGGUAUGCUGAGAGAUGUAUGGUGUCUGUUUCUCAGACCCUUGGUCUGCAAGAUGCUCAAGAACUUUUCCGGUUAUUCUCGUCUCAAAUACUGUAUACGUGGACUGAGACACAGAGUAUCAUGUCUAUGCCAUUCAGUAUAUUUGGGUACAGUAGUCUUGAAAAGAUGCUGGUAGACGUCAAAGAUGAAAUUGUUGGACAAAUGAUGAUGCGUGCCAAGGAACAGGAGACAAUCGAGCUUGCGAAACACCUUGAAAUUCCACAUCUCGAGCUAUUGGCGACGUCUUUUCACAAGGCCGAGGCAUACAGCAUCGCACGAGAUAUAAGUACUCCUCCGGGUCAAGGUAGUCAGCCCAAAGGUGUUGAAAUCCGUCUGCGGAAAUUACUCGGGGCAGACCAAUUCAUGACGCAAAUCGAGAGCCAGUUCCCCCUAAUUAUUGCUGCGUUCUUCAACUCCUUGGACUACUAUGACCAGAUUGAACGAGCAUUCUCAAAGCGUAAAAACUUCGGGUAUGCGCUCGAAAUUCUGACGCAAAUAAUCAACAAAAGCACGUCCCAGAACGCACUUCCUGCAAAUCAACAGCCUUCCUUUCGAGCACGCUAUCUCCUAGAUGAGAUUGAGUUCCUUUGCAGACACACUGGGUUUGAAUUUGAAUCAAUAUGGACGCCAUCAUUGGUAUCUUUUAUCUGCCGUUCGCUGCUUGAAUCCAUACAUCCCGCCCUUGGCUCGCUUCACGCUUGUUCUGUGAUUCGCAAAAUAAGAAUCCUAGCCUGUGUGGCUGGUCCCAUCAUGGUUCAAGACUAUCCUCUAGAAAUGACACUCAGCUCUUUACGGCCUUUCCUUAACGACAUUCAUUGCUCUGAGGAUGCACUUGGGGUCUUCUGGUAUCUACUUGAGGCAGGGAAAGCGCAUCUUGAGGUGACACCAGGAUUCACUGCCGGUAUUGCUGUCUCAACACUAGUCACUCUUCGCAGAAUAUUUUCGUCGCUACCUGAGAACACCACCCAGGAAAGCCAAUUCAGAAAGGUGCAGUUAAACGCAAAACAAUUCUACCAGUGGCUGGUUGAGCUCCUUGGAGAGCUCCGUCACUCCGAUUGGGAUACAGAGACGAAACAAUCAUUUGAUCGGCUUGUCUCGCUUGCUGAAAAAUUCUCAAGUUCCGAGGACUCUUCGUGCGGACAGAUUGGGAAGGACCUAGUUUUUGAAGUUCUCAAGGAUCGCGACUCUGUGACUUCGCUUUUGAGUAAGCCGGUGGCGGAUCUUGUUUUGUCGCUCUUAUGUCCCGAGUUCGAGCAGACAUCCGAAACUGGGAACUGGGUCUCGAAUGAAGAUGUGGAGCCCGCUUCCCAUGUUGUAUCUUUAUGGCACACUCUUCAAAACUCCAAUGGAGGGCCUCGAUAUCGACUUUGGGCCGCUCGGGUCAUCGGAAGAUCCUUCGCUGCCACUGGGAAAAUCAAUCAAUUGCUCCUGCGAGAACAGGAUCUUUCACUAUUCCAAUCCCCCGAGAAUUCUUUGUCGUCUGACAUCUUCUGCCAUUCUAAGGCCAGAAUCCUUCGGGUGCUUUGUGAUAUGCUGCAUGCGCAAAAGCAUUUCGAAGCUGGCCUUGUUGAGCGUACUUUGCAGCUAAUCGUCAGCAACAUCACCAAUUAUCCAGACUUCCAAGGCUGUAGCGAGAUAAUUCCCGAAUCUCUGGCGAAAGCCCUUAUAUGGAACCCAUACACAUGUCCCGCUGUUCUACUCUCGAAUUUGGAGAAAGAUAGAUGCGAGAAUGCAACAAUCAGCGCCUCUGGGUUGUCGGUUGCUGACUGGGCUCGCAAUGUUUCCCUGUUCUUGACAAAUGCUGCUCUGGGAGACCCAGUCGUUGGCUCUCUUCGCAAAGUUCUCAACGUGACCCCUGGCUUAGCAGUGCAGCUGUUGCCAUAUGUGGUUCAUGAUGUUUUGCUGUCAGAAAGGGAAGAUAAAGGCGAAAGGGGAGAGGUCCGAGAAGAUAUAUCUGCUGCUUUCCGACAAGUGCUGUGUGAGGCUGGGGGGAAAACACUACCUCAUGCUCAGCUUGUGAUCAACUGCAUUCUUUACCUUCGUAACCAACCUGUGCCAGAUGAGUCGACUAUAGUCCAGCGCGAUAAAUGGCUUGACGUUGACUUUGGAGAGGCAUCUUUGGCUGCCCAUCGCUGCGGCUUGCAUAAAACUUCGCUGCUCUUCCUGGAAGUGCAAACCUCCCAAGUGGUUAAGACAUCUCGUCGAUCAUCUGUCAUUAGAUACGAGCCACCGCCUGCCUUGCUGCAUGAUGUUUUCAAAAACAUUGAUGAUCCAGACUUGUUCUAUGGCAUUCAGCAGAGCUCGUCUUUGAGCAGCGUCAUGGAACGGCUGGAGUACGAAAGCUCCGGGCUCAAAAAUCUCUUAUUCCAAAGUGCAAGAUACGACAGUGAGAUUCAAAUGUCUAACAAUACGGAGUCAUACGGAAUCCUGAAGGCCUUGAAUGCAACUAACCUUCAGGGCAUUGCCAAUACGAUGCUUUCUGCUUCUAGCAGUGCCAACGAUGCCCCUGCCGCGUUUGAAAGUACGUUGCAAGCUGCAACUAGUCUUCAAAAAUGGGAUAUUCCAGUAUCUCCUUUGGAUUCGUCCCCAUCUGCCGCUAUAUUCCGUACAUUCCAGAGUCUCAAUACCUCUAGUUCUCUACUUGAAAUCACUGGCUCAAUUGAGAGCGGUCUUUUGACAACACUGGGUUCUCUUCUCAAAACCAGUGGAUCCGCUAUUCAGCUGCGGAGCUCAAUGCGCGCGUUGGGAAUGAUGACUGAGAUCAGUGAUACUUUGCAUUCUGCGUCUCCUGAAGAUAUGGAGGAAGGAUGGCACAAUAUCAUGGCGAGAAGCAGCUGGUUAAAAACCGAGAGCUAUCAUGAAGUUGGAGAAAUUCUGUCUUGGCAUGAGGCAUUGUUUUCAUCAGUCAGGAAAAGCGACAUCCUCAAAUCACGGGCAAAGCUGAGUCUCGGGGAUUCGCGACUCCUAGAAGCAAAAGUCAUUCGACGGUCUUUGGAAAUCACAAGAACUCAUGGUAUCUCCCAGGCGUCGCUCAAAUCUGCAAUGAGCCUUUCGAGGCUUGCCGAACCGUGCGCAGCAUUGGGAAUGAACAUUGACGGAGCUGCAAAAUUCGAUCUUGCCAAUGUCCUGUGGGAUCAAGGGGAAAUGACCGCGUCUAUUCGCAUGCUACAGCAACUGAAGGGCCAGAAUGACCUUCAUAAGCAGGCAAUCCCCCUCAGUCGGGCUGAGCUUCUUGUGACUUUGGGUCACCACGUUGCUGAAGCGCGCUUAGAAAAGCCGGACUCGAUUCUUCAAGAGUACCUAUAUCCUGCCGUCAAGGAGUUGAAAGGAAGUUCCGACGGAGAAGAGGCCGGACGGGUCUAUCAUGGGUUUGCAACAUUUUGUGAUCAGCAGCUACUGAACCCCGAUGGACUCGAAGAUUUCAAGCGAGUGGAACAACUACGUAAUCGCAAGGAGAAAGAAGUCCUUGGCCUGGAAGACAUGAUGAAGAACGCCACAGGCAAAGAAAGAGAAUACCUGAAGAACUAUAGGGCCAAAGCAAAGCAAUGGUUUGACCUUGACGACCGCGAGUACCAACGUUUGCUACGGAGUCGGGAGGCUUUCCUACAGCAGUGCCUUGAAAAUUACCUUCUUAGCUUGAGAGAAAGUGAUGCGUACAACAGUGAUGCUCUACGUUUCUGUGCACUCUGGCUUGACAAAUCAGACAGUGAAACGGCAAAUUCAGCUGUUUCUCGGUAUCUUAACGAGGUACCCAGCCGGAAAUUUGCACCAUUAAUGAACCAGCUAUCAUCUCGUCUCCUCGAUGUGGCCGAUGACUUCCAGGCAUUGCUCACUCAAUUAGUAUUCAGGAUUUGUGUUGAGCAUCCAUUCCAUGGCAUGUACCAGAUUUUCGCUAGCAGCAAAUCCAAGGGAGGAAAAGAUCAGUCGUCUCACUCGCGUUUCCGUGCGGCAAAUCAGCUGGUGGAUCGUCUGAAGAACGACAGUCGGAUAGGUCAGACUUGGAUUGCUGUGCACAACGUGAACAUCAGCUAUGUGAGAUUUGCGAUCGACAAACCGGACAGCAAAUACAGAAGUGGUGCUAAAGUCCCACUAAAGACCUUGACUACUGGGCAGCGCCUUGGACAAGAUGUCAUCACAUACAAACUACCACCUCCGACAAUGAAAAUCGACCUCCGCGCAGAUUGCAACUAUAGUAACGUUCCCACCGUCGCGAAAUUCCACCCUGAGUUCACGAUUGCUUCCGGCGUUAGCGCGCCGAAAAUUGUGACCGCCGUUACAUCCAACGGCGUGCGCUACAAGCAAUUGUACAAGGGAGGAAAUGAUGAUUUGCGCCAAGAUGCCAUCAUGGAACAAGUAUUUGAGCAAGUCAGCAGUCUUUUGAAAGAUCACCAACCCACACGCCAGCGGAGCCUAGGCAUUCGAACAUAUAAGGUUCUUCCAUUGACACCAAGCGCCGGAAUCAUCGAGUUCGUUCCGAACACGAUUCCUCUGCAUGACUACCUGAUGCCCGCACAUCAAAAUUACUUCCCUAAGGACAUGAAGCCCAACUCUUGCCGGAAACACAUCGCCGAUGUGCAGACCAAAUCCUUUGAGCAACGCGUCAGAACCUACCGACAGGUGACCGAGCAUUUCCAUCCAGUUUUGAGAUAUUUCUUCAUGGAAAAAUUCAAUAACCCAGACGACUGGUUUAGCAAGCGGCUAGCGUACACACGAAGUACCGCUGCCAUCUCAAUCCUGGGCCACGUGCUUGGGCUUGGUGAUCGGCACGGACAUAACAUCCUGCUAGAUGAGAAAACCGGGGAGGUGGUACAUAUUGAUCUCGGUGUAGCGUUUGAGCAAGGACGGGUCUUGCCUGUUCCUGAGGUAGUUCCGUUCCGCUUAACGCGCGAUCUAGUUGAUGGAUUCGGUAUCACCAAAACCGAAGGCGUUUUCCGGCGUUGCUGCGAAUUCACCCUGGAAGCCCUUCGCCAAGAAUCAUACAGUAUCAUGACGAUCCUUGACGUACUACGGUACGAUCCGCUGUAUAGUUGGACUGUCUCUCCGCUUCGCAUCAAGAAGAUGCAGAUGCAAGAUAACCAAACUGGUGAUGGACCUCCGGCUCUCCCUGGCGCAGCUGACGAUCUCACUUCGAAGAAUGAGAAUGAGAAUGAACCCAGUGAAGCUGAUCGUGCUUUGACUGUGGUGGCGAAAAAACUAAGCAAAACACUCAGCGUGACUGCUACGGUGAAUGAAUUGGUUCAACAGGCGUGCGAUGAGAAGAACCUUGCUAUGUUGUAUUGCGGCUGGGCUUCUUAUGCGUAA